UAAACAGUAUGCAGAGAGUAGAUCAUUUUUAUUAUAAUUUUAUUACACGUUCAAAAGUGUCCACGAAUAAUACAGACAAUAUUCUAUCGCACAUUUUCCCACCAGCUUUCUGCCUCCCCGUAUCAUUUAUCUUGGCGUUCUCUUUGAAGAUUUUCGUGUUGCUUCUUAGAUGUUCCCGUCGUUGUGUAGCUUAAACCAAGACACCUUUGAUUUUUCUUCAGUGGAUAUUCUUGGAGUUUUUUUUUUUUUUGAAAAGAAGGUCCUUUUUAAGUGAUUGUCCUCAAGGGCACUCUCUGAUUUUCUCGAGGUUUUUGUAACUAAUGGUGUUCUAAUGCUUCUGAGUCGGCCUGUGAUGGAUAUUGAAAGUUGGAGCCCUGAUAAUCCUAUCAAGAGAGAAUCAUGGAGUACAGUGUUGACAUUGGCUUACCAGAGUUUGGGUGUAGUGUAUGGGGAUUUAAGCACUUCACCUUUGUUUGUUUUCAGGAGUACUUUUGCAGAGGACAUUCAACAUUCAGAGUCUAAUGAGGAGAUUUAUGGGGUUUUAUCUUUUGUUUUUUGGACAUUAACUCUUAUUCCAUUGCUCAAGUAUGUGUUUAUAGUGCUUAGAGCUGAUGAUAAUGGUGAAGGUGGGACUUUUGCUUUGUAUUCUCUGCUCUGCCGCCAUGCCCGGGUGAGUACUUUGCCGAAUGGGCAGGUAGCAGACGAGGACUUGUAUGAGUAUAAAAGGGAUGGAAUUUCACCGGCUAAUCGAGGUCUUGGAUUGGGAUUGAGCUUAAGAUCAACAUUGGAGAAGCACAGAUUGUUGCAAAUAAUGUUGCUGGCUUUGGCCUUAAUUGGUACUUGUAUGGUAAUUGGGGAUGGAGUUCUUACACCUGCAAUUUCUGGUAUGGAAUAUAUAGAAGUCCCCGUUGCUUGUAUCAUACUGGUGUUCUUAUUCUAUCUGCAACACUAUGGGACGCACCGAAUAGGAUUUCUUUUUGCACCAGUUGUUAUAGCAUGGCUUUUUUGCAUCAGUGCCAUUGGAGUGUACAAUAUUUUCCACUGGAAUCCCCAUGUUUACCAAGCUCUCUCUCCUUAUUAUAUGUACAAAUUCUUGAAGAAGACACAGACAGGAGGUUGGAAGUCCUUGGGUGGGAUAUUGUUGUGUAUAACAGGUUCCGAGGCCAUGUUUGCUGAUCUUGGACACUUUUCACAGAUGUCUAUCAAGAUAGCAUUUACCUUUGUGGUUUAUCCAUCCUUAAUUCUUGCUUACAUGGGACAAGCUGCUUAUCUUUCCAAACAUCAUAUAAUUGAAAGUGGUUAUCAUAUCGGUUUCUAUGAAUCAGUACCAGAAAAAAUAAGGUGGCCGGUUCUUGCAAUUGCCAUACUUGCUGCAGUGGUUGGGAGCCAAUCCAUUAUCACUGGAACGUUCUCCAUUAUCAAGCAAUGCUCUGCUUUGGGUUGCUUCCCGAGAGUUAGAAUAGUACACACAUCUUCUAAAAUUUGUGGCCAGAUUUACAUUCCUGAAAUUAACUGGACCUUAAUGUUGCUCUGCCUUGCCGUUACUGUAGGUUUUAGAGACACAAAACAUAUUAGCAAUGCAUCAGGUCUCGCUGUCAUAACUGUUAUGCUGGUUACGACAUGCCUAAUGUCUCUAGUCAUUGUGCUAUGUUGGCAUAGAAGCGUUAUUCUAGCUGUGUGCUUUAUAUUAUUCUUCGGUUCCAUUGAAGCGCUCUACUUCUCUGCCUCUCUUAUCAAGUUCCUUGAUGGCGCUUGGGUCCCAGUUGCUCUCUCAUUUAUCUUUCUAAUCAUAAUGUACGUCUGGCAUUAUGGAACAUUGAAAAAGUACGAGUUUGAUGUUCAGAACAAAGUUCCCAUAAACUGGCUCUUGAGUUUGGGUCCGAAUCUUGGGAUUGUUCGGGUUCAAGGCAUUGGUCUCAUACACACAGAACUUGUGUCUGGGAUUCCUGCUAUUUUCUCUCAUUUCCUCACCAAUCUACCGGCUUUCCACAACGUUCUAGUUUUUCUGUGUGUCAAAUAUGUUCCGGUGCCUCACGUGAGACCUGAAGAGAGAUUCCUCGUGGGAAGAAUCGGCCCAAAAGACUACCGAGUCUAUCGCUGCAUAGCACGUUAUGGAUACCGUGAUAUUCAAAUGGAUGAUGUGAUGUUCGAAAAUGAUCUUGUUUGUAGCAUAGCAGAAUUCAUUCGGUCAGAGGGCUCUGAAUGUAAUGGCGGUCAAGAAGAUCUCGAGAACGAAGAAAGAAUGACAGUAAUCGGGACGACAUCAACAAACUCAAAAGGAAUAAGGAUGUGCAAUGAUGAUGAAGAUUUAUCCGAAGAAACAAGCACUACAAAGUUAAAGGAAAUUAGUUCACCGGAAGUGCCGAGGAAGAGAGUGAGAUUUCUUGUCCCUGAGAGUCCACAAAUCAAUGUGACUGCACGAACGGAGUUGCAGGAAUUGAUGGAAGCAAGGGAGGCAGGAAUGGCGUUUAUUCUUGGCCACUGCUACGUGAAGGCAAAGAUGGGUUCAAGUUUGAUUAAGAGAAUAGUGAUUAAUACAUGUUAUGAUUUCUUGAGAAGGAACUCAAGAGGACCAGCACAUGCACUAUGUUUCCCUCGUGCAUCAACGUUAGAAGUUGGAAUGGUGUACCAUGUAUGAUUGUCUUGUCUGUAUAGAUAGAUACAGUCUACAUAAAUAUUUUGCUCAUAAACUCGGUAAACAAGGAUAGAUGAAAUAUUUUGUAGAGGUGUGUGAAUGUUGAAACACCAGCUGGUGGUUUGUAUUUUUUCACUCAAGAAAAUUCUAUUGUUAAGAAUGUUGUGUCCUCCUUUGUUUCUGGCCUA